AAAAUUCUGAUUUGCAUCACUGAGUUAAAUUACAUUAUAUUUUAAAGUUUAAUUAUGUAUUAUAAAUGUAUAUAGCCUAUGUAUAUAACCUCUGACACGGAGAAGAGUGAAAACUCCUCACAUGACCGCUACAGAACAUCUGAACAUAACGAAACAAAUGCACAUUGACGGAUCUUCUUCCGUCUGUUCUGCAAAAUGUAAACAAAUGUAUUUCUGCAAGCGUAAACAUUGUGAAAAUAUCAACAUUAAUUGUGUCUAGGCAAGGCAUUCCUCCUGGAACUAACGCGGGUUUGGCAGGUGUUUAUUUCAUACUCUGUGACUGCUUAUUUAAUGAAUAAAUUACAUUGUAUUUAAUGUGUAAGGUACAUGUACAACAAACUGGUAAUGUCAUAGUGGUAUCGUGUACUGUAAUCGAAUCUAUACCUGUGGAACCAUAGACAGCACACGCGGUGUUCUUCUAAUAAAGAUCUUCAUAGCUAGUAAACCAUAGCCUUUUCAGAUUUGCUUUCAACUGACUGUAGAUGAUCCAAAGCCACGUCUUCAACGCUCUUGAUGAACCGCUUCAGACGACUCGACGCGUGCGGCAGGGAACUGAACGAAUCAUUCAAACUGACUCGCGAACCGAUUCACUAUUGCCAAAUAGUUUGAUCAAGCCUUCGGACAGAAUUGACUCAAAAGAAUGAAUCAUUCGCGAACGGGCAUCGCUCAUUGCCCAGAAAAAAAGUAGACGGCGAGUUUGGAAUAAAUUGGGAUUUUGAACUUACUGCAUUAAGAUAAAGUAACGAGAGGAGCGUCGCCCACAGUAACGAAGAAUAUCAUCUCUGCAAGGAUCCAACAACACGUCCGAGCCAACCAGCCAGCGACUGAUGAUGAUGGCGAUGCUGGGAGUUUUCAUCUCUGUUGCCUUCAUCCUGGGCACAGCAAAUGCAGCUUCUUUGGGAGCUGUGAACACCGAGGGAGGGAUGGUACAGGGAAAGAGUUACAGUGUUGGAGCCUUCCGCUAUAUGGACGUGUUCAAGGGAAUCCCCUUCGCCGCUCCACCUGGCAGAUUAGAGAAGCCCGUUCCUCACCCAGGCUGGGACGGUGUUCUGAAAGCCACCGACUUCCAGAAUAAGUGCAUGCAGCUCAAUCUUCUCCCUACUGAUGUUGUGGGCAGUGAAGACUGUCUCUACCUGAACAUCUGGGUCCCUCAGGGCAACACUGUGUCUACCAAUCUGCCUGUUAUGGUGUUCAUCUAUGGUGGUGGCUUCCUGCUUGGUGAUAGUCAGGGUUCAAGCUUGUUGGACAACUACCUGUACAAUGGACAGGAGAUCGCAGACAGAGGAAAUGUCAUUGUGGUGACAUUCAACUAUCGUGUCGGUUCCCUGGGAUUCCUCAGCAGUGGAGAUGCUGAAGCACCUGGAAACUAUGGCCUGUGGGAUCAGCACGCCGCUAUCUCCUGGGUACACAGAAACAUCAGGAAUUUUGGUGGCAAUCCAGACAACAUCACCAUCUUUGGGGAGUCAGCAGGAGGAGCCAGUGUCAACUUCCAGAUUCUUUCCCCUAAAAACAAGGGCCUGAUCCGCAGAGCUAUCUCACAGAGUGGUGUUGCUCUCUGUCCCUGGGCUGUCAACAGAAAUCCACGACAGUAUGCUGAGGAGAUUGCAAAAAAGGUAGGAUGUCCUACUGAUAGCGGGAUGGUGGCUUGUCUGAAGAGGACAGAUCCAAAGACUGUAACUCUUGCUGGGAAUGUGAAAUUCAGUACAUCUGCUUCUCAACCCAUUGUACACAAUCUGGCUCUGUCCCCGGUCAUUGAUGGAGACUUCCUCCCCGCCGAGCCUGAAACCCUUUUCGGGAAUGCUGCUGACAUUGAUUACAUCAUUGGAGUCAAUGACAUGGACGGCCACAUCUUUGCCACCCUUGACAUCCCAUCUAUCAACAACGCACUGGUGUCCACCCCUGUGGCGGAUGUCAGGGCUCUCUCGAUUGCUCUGUCUGAAUCUAGAGGAGUAGAUGCUGGUAUCGCAACUUAUGAGGAGUACACAGUCAAAUGGGGUAGUAAACCUAGUGAUUCGGACAUUAAGAAAACAGUUGUGGACAUGGAGACGGACUACAUCUUCCUGGUGCCAUCCCAAGCGGCCCUGUACCUCCACUCUGACCAUGCCAAAUCUGGAAGAACCUACUCGUAUCUGUUCACUGAGCCCUCUCGCAUGCCUGUCUUCCCACUCUGGAUGGGUGCUGAUCACGGUGAUGACCUUCAGUAUGUGUUUGGGAAGCCUCUCAGCACUCCUCUGGGCUACUUUCCUCGCCAUCGUGAUGUCGCCAGAUACAUGAUUUCCUACUGGACCAAUUUUGCUCAAACUGGUGACCCUAACAAAGGUGAGUCCAGUGUUCCUGUAAACUGGCCUGAGUUUGCCAGCAGUGGCCAUAAGUACCUGGAUAUCAACAACAAGAUGAACAGAGACAGUGUGAAGCAGAUGUUGAGAACGCGUUUGGUUUACUACUGGACUACAGUCUUUGCCAGCUUCCCUGGUGUCCAGAAGAACUAAGCACUACCAAAUCGACUAGAAGUCAUGUAGCCAUUCUAGCAAUGAAUAUGAUUCUAAGAUUCAUGCAAUAAACAAAAUAUAUGAUGCUCAAAACAAGCUGUCCUGUUUUCUGUAUUAGCUUGCCAUUACAUCAAAAGAAUCCAAUGCUAUUUAGUGAUGCUUAAAGAUUACUGAAGAUAACAUAAUUUUUUUUUUUUCAGUUAAAGUCAUGUCUAUGAUUCUUAAAAGCUCAGAAAACUCAGAUAAAGGUGUUUCUUGGCAUGGUCACAUAACCCUAAACAAUACAAGGGGCCCUGAACCAACUCAUCCUGGUGCUACCUUAAAGAUUGAAUUUAGUCAGGAGGACCUCACUGGAACAAAACAUGGACAUAGAAUAUUUAAUUCACCUACAAAGGUAUUGUUUUUACUGAUUGUGAUACUGGUUUAUUGGAACUUGACAAAGCAAUUAAAAUUCUUAAUCUAUUUGGAAAAUAUCACCAAGUUUAUAUAGGCUACAGUUCUGAAAUGAUGAAUGAAUGGGUGUUCAUAUACACUGCUACUGAAUUUACUUAUUUAUUAACCGAAUCAAAACCAAAUUUGCCAAUGCACUUUGCUCAUGAAAUAAAAGUACAUGUACAGUGUCGCACUGUACAUUUAUUACUCUGA